UGUGAAACAGUCCCGUGUUGUGUGAGUGUUGGUGAACGUACGUGGGAAAUGGUUUGCAACGUAGUACGCCCUUAUUUUAAUGAGACUGAUGCCUACCUAUACUUCGACCCAGUUUCAUGAAUAGUGCUAUAUAUGUGUAGGGACCUCGAUUCUGGUGUACCUGACUUCACGUUCAACCGCUGGCAUUUUUUUUUUUAGUUCGCCAGAUAUAAUGAUGGGAACCUUGUUCUUGAUAAUUCGUUUCCAGAAUGGCCUGAGGAAAACCAUUUGUUACUAAAAAAAGUGCAUUAAGUGAUUACUGAACAAUAUUCAAAGUUAUUAUCAAUAUGAUCAAAAAGCAAAAUAAUAAGAAAAUUCCUACCUGAACUUUAAAAAUUUGUAAAUACAGAAUUAAAAGACUGCAUCUUACUUAGAAAUAACUAUUGAAUUGUAAAAAGGCAUUGAGCGUGGUGGUGGUUGAUAGUUCGAUGUAGUAUUUGGACCCAGAAUUUAUAGCAGCUUACAGACAAUGCAUCCCGAAAAAGAGAAGACAGCUAGCACAUCCAGUGAUCUCCUUUCAUCAUCCAGGAGGAGUAACAAUAGCGCCAAAUCGCCUAUUGGUGUAGAAAUUCAACAUGAAAUCGUCUUUAGCAGCUCAGUGCCUUCACCCUCCACUCUCCCACGCCCCUGCCUUAGUCAUUCAGGCCUUGUGAAUGUCAUCUCCAACCAAAUUCAAAAUAUGGACCUCAACGGUAGCGGUGGCGGCGAGAGUAGUCGUUCCUCCAGUCAUCCUAUUGCCAUCCCGAGUGGAAUUUCGCUGCACUUUAAGCGUCCUAUCUUCCCCAAUUUGCCUUACUCACCCAUGAGCUCACCCUCCAAUGUCCGCCGCCGCUGUCCUCUCAAACAGAGCCGUCACGUUAGCAUAGAGAAGACUGGCCAAUACAUCCAACUGAACCAGUACCUACUGAAAGAACCGAUCGGCCAGGGAUCGUAUGGAAUCGUCAAAUUGGCUUACAAUGAAGCUGAUGACCUUCACUAUGCCAUGAAAAUCCUUUCGAAGAAAAAACUACUUCAAAAAGCAGGUGUCUAUGGCCGGCUAGCUCCGCAAAGAAAUAAAUCCGGUACCAAAGGCAGCAGCACUGGGACCAUCACACACCCGCUCGACCGAGUCCAUCGCGAAAUAGCUGUUCUGAAGAAAUUGAAUCAUCCCAAUGUUGUCAAACUGGUGGAAGUUCUAGACGAUCCAGCUCAAGACAAUCUCUACUUGGUGUUUGAAUUAUUGGAAUUGGGACCAGUGGUGGAAGUGCCAAACGAUAAUCCCAUGGAAGAAGAACAAGCUAGGGUUCGCUUUCGUGACUUGCUGCUGGGAAUUGAAUAUCUACAUCACAACCACGUCAUCCACCGCGACAUCAAACCAGCGAAUUUGCUCCUGGGCGACGACGGUCUAUUGCGCAUCGCCGAUUUUGGUGUCUGUAACGAAUUUCACGGAGCAGAGGACGUUUGGCUGGACAAUACGGUUGGAACUCCGGCUUUUCUGGCCCCGGAAGCUUUGGUCGGCAAGUUUGCUGGCAAGGCGGCAGACGUUUGGUCGAUGGGAAUCACUCUCUAUGCUUUCGUCUACGGCGUUCUUCCCUUCUACGACACAAACAUCGUAGCUCUCUACGGUUUGAUCCAACACCAAGGAUUACGGUUUCCGGCCAGGCCAUCCACCUCCGCCAAAUUAAAGGACUUGCUGAUCCGUAUGCUGUGCAAAGACCCAAGUCAACGCAUCACUGUUCCAGAGAUUAAAGUGCACUCGUGGGUGACGUGUGACGGUUUCUGGCCGCUUCCAGCCGAAGAAGAAAACUGCAAUAGCGGACCCCUUGAGAUUACUGCCGAGGAUUUGGCUCACUCGGUUCGCUCCAUUCCACAUCUCGCUUCGCUCAUUCUCGUUAAAGCCAUGUUACGCAAACAUUCAUUCCAGCAUCCAUUCAAAGUAAAUUCCAAUCCAUCUUUAGUCAAAGCAGGACAAUCGGAGGCCGUCGGUAAGCAAUUGCGUUUUCAAUCAGGUGGGAGGUCCAACUCGGCUCCGGAUUCCUAUAGUGUUUUCUUCGAAAGAGGAAUUUCAUUAGACUUGCCGGUACUUCGUGAGGCAGCAACAGAUACGACCUCCUAGUAGCUAUAAACACGUGGUGCUUGGGCAUCGUUCCAGUAACUGCGCCGCCUAACUGAUUAUCGAUUUCAGCACGCGCUUUGGCCAGUUUCCAAUCGAUGAAGGACAUCCAAUACUUCGUCGUUUUUCCCUAUUUUCUUUGAAGCACUCAAAUAUCACAAUCGACUCUUCGAGAGCAUUUUAAGUAUAUCAUUUUCGCAUACGUUUUUUUUCUGUUUAAUCGUAUCCCUAAUACGACCGAUCGUGUGAUUUUAUAUCGAAUAUCACAAAGCGCAGCAUUAUGCACUUAAAUCCCCUCCUGGUGUCCUCUCACUUCCUGCCAUGCGAGCAAAUCAAGAGCACAAAUAUUCAUGUUGUCUUGUCGUUCACAAUUUCAUUGCUGUUGGCACUCUUUUUCAACAUUUAUAUCACAAUAUUUCAAUCGAGCAAACAUGAAUUUUUUUUUAAAUUUUUCUCGUACAGUGAUGCAGACGUCGAAUUUCUAUUUCUUCUUUUUAUCAACACUUUGAUGUUUUUUUUUUCUUUUUAAACGUUUCUACAAAAUUUAUGAAAUAUAUCAAAUUCCAUUUUCUA